AUGCUGUCUGCCCCUGGACGACUCUGGUGUGCCCGGCGGAGUGUGGUGCUGCAUCUACUGAGACGGAGCUCGUGCGUCUUGAUUGCUUCUGGAAGUGACGUUAGUGCCACUGGUGGUGGCGGAAAUGCCAGUAGCACCAUUGACAGCGGCGGUGCUGCGGAUGGUGAUGCGUCACCGUCGUUCCGUUUAAUCGGUGGAGGUGGUGCACGAAAGGGAAAAUCGAAACGGCGUGAGUUGGACGGCAGAAGGACCACAGAGAAACGUGCGGUGAGGAAACCAAAAUAUGACGCUGAAGAUAGUGCACUCUCCACCACGCCAACUGCUGGUGUCACCGAAGGAAUAGGAGUGGCGUUAUCGUCGCUUGUCUCUUCCUCGUCAUCAAUGGAUACAGCAGAUGAUUACAUGCUUCAGUUGCACCGGCGGCUUUCUGCGAAGGCACUGGAGCAACAUCACUCACAAGCAGGCGAGACAAUUGCGUCCGGCGCAGCUAAUGUGGCACGUGAAAAGAUCGAGCGCCGCCGCAAGAAGUGGGCCUUAUCGGAGACGGAGUUUGACACCGGUGUCACGGAGCGUCUGUUUCCGGAAAUACGACGCCUCUCUGCACUCCAUGAAUUGCACUACGGCGACGCCACAAUGCGUGAAGUGGAUGCGGCAACGUACUUCGCUUCCACUCACAAGGACCGCACCUCCGCUGUGGCCGCGACGAGCGGGGAGGUGGCUGAGACGACAAUCACGAAUGCGGAUUUUCUCGCAUUUGACGAAUGCGAAGUCGCACAGAAGUCGUCAACACGGGAAAGAGCAACAACACCAACACCAACCAUUGGUGCUGUAGGAGCAGUGUCACUAAAAACUCCAGGUCUAUCAGGAGAUGGGAGUAAACUUGUCAAAGAGGAGUCUGAGCAGCUGCCAGGGUGCCCUUCUGCUGGUAACGAAAAGGAGGUGGCUCACGGCGUACAUACGCCGUGGUUUGUUCCGGCUGGUGGUGUGGUGCGCCUCGAGCCACUCCCUCCGUCGGAUGUGCUAUGCCUCAUGCGGACUGUGCUGCGGCUCCGCCAGCAGACGCCACGGCAUCUGCCGCUGGCUGUUCGCCAACGGAUGAAAAUGACAGAGGCUUUAACCGAUGCAACAAUCCACGACAAGAAUAUCCUUGCUAAAUGUCUCUCUUUUGAGGAUGUGCUAGUGUAUCUUGACACAGCACCUGCACCUAUACUUGGUUUCACAGAGAAUCUGCCCUCUGGUAAAAGUCCUGCUUUUGUAUUUGUUCUCUACACCGAGAACGUAUCGUUGCAGAACGCUAUUGGGCACAUGGCGGCGCUAUUCGGUGUGCCUCAGCGUGCUUUUCAUACUUGUACUGCUGUGUCAAAGAUGUCGUGUGGGUCUGUUCUCUGCGCAGUUGGUCCUAACAACUUACAUCGAGAACACUUGCUGCUGCUGAACACCAUGCGCCACCCCGGCUUUGUGCUGCGCGUGGGAUCAAUCCGUGCUGUGGACGAUGAGGAGCGCUGCGCAGACCUCUUUGGUGAGUUGUCACGGUGGCAGCCACUCCACGAGGUGGAGCUGCUGCUGCGCCGCGUGAGCUGCCGCAGUUCGCAAGAGCUAGAGCACCGCCUCCGCGCCGUGCAGGAGGUGGGUGCAGUGUUUUUCUGCGCCAAUCGCGAGGCGUCACUUGCGCGCGCCGCGACCGACGUGCUGCACGGCUUCUAUAAAUCCGCUCUGCUGAAUGCCCUCCAUCGCCGCAACGCCCCGCUGGCAAUGCGACAAUUUCUAGCACGGCCGCACCCCAUUGCGGCAGCACGUGCGCGGCGCGUUUCGACGGACGCGACGGUGCGGCAAGUGCUGAAGGGUUACAUCCUCGUCGGCGGUGACUGGGCGCAGGCGGUGGGGCGUACACCAUAUGUGUGGCGUCGGCGCUGGCUCAACGCGUUGCGCUGCACUGUGUGGAACACGAUGGCGUCUCGGCGGCUGCGCAGUGGAGGACGCCACGUGCUGCCAGGUGAUGUCGUGCUUCGUCCCGAGUACCGCGCCGACGCGCAGCGCCGCAUGCUCACUACCGUAAAGGCUCAACACGUGAUGUUGGUGCGCGAUGCGGCGGAGGCGGCGGAAUGCAGCGUGGAAGACAUCUUCAUCCCGUUCCUGCGCGGUGUGUACCCGCAGGAGCUUUUUGCCCCGGACGCGACGAAUCACCCUAUCAUGACGCGGGCCAAUAUGCUGGCGCUGCUACGGGAGCUGCAUGCUCCGCAGUUGUUGCUUGGCAUGAGCGAUGUGUGCCGCCAGUUGCUCGAUAUUCGUGGCGACACAUCCCCGCUUCUGUUCCGUCGCUUUAUUCUGCGUCCAGUGGAGAUGCGUUUCACCAUACUGGAGGACAAGGCGCCGAUCAAGUCCGUGCACUUCGACGCAGGUCGUAUCCUCAGCAAUGACCGGCUUCACAUGCAGCAACCGACGCUACUAGGUACAAGUGACCAUAACAAAACCGCCGCCGCCGCAGCAGCAGCAGCAGCAGGGGAAGGGUCAGCAACAGAGUCAUCACCACAUGCACUCCCAUCGCCCUCUUCACUUCUUAGCCAGGAGGUGGUGUUACAGCGGACGACGAUUGGUGAUCGUCUUUCUUCUGGGGUGCUUGCCGAUGAGUUCUUCGCUCUGCCUGGGCGAGAGGAAUACAUUGCUUUGGGCCAUGUGGAACGACAUUUGCAUGGCAAUCUUGUCCGUGCUGCACCGCGCUCCCCUGAUGAGGCGCUGAAGACAAUUGACCGCCUAUUCACCGUUCAUGUGCAUGCGGUUGUGCGCAAUGGCGCAGCCGCGCUGGGGCAUUUGCUGCGGGAAUAUUUCAUCCUUGGAGGAGUGGAGCGGGAGGACGACAGCGCACUGCAGCACAAGAUUCACCGCAUGCGUCGGGAACUCGACAGUGAGACACCGCGGCUGACGGCGCCCACCUUCUGUCAAGCAUGCUACUGCCGCGACCACGACUCGCUGGAUGCCUGCGCGGAGUAUCAGCUGAAGCGCAGCAGGCAGCUCCACCACAGACAGCGGGAAGAGGCACUGCAACAACUGGCCGCAGCAGACACACCGGUGCUUCCGCUUCCAGCAGCUGGGGAAAAUAGCACCACUGGAGGCGUCGUAGCGAUGAAUGACUUGGGGGGACUUGACGAUACGUCGUUGGAACUGGUAUUACGGUUGCGCCGUCGCUCGGAGAAGCAGAGGUGGGGCGUUCACCUCACUUCCACCCUUCGCCUCUCCGCCAUCGACGAUGUGAGUUUGGUGGCCGAGGGACAUAUACGGUGCGGUGGAAGUGCGGUCCGCAAUCCUGUCGCACUAAAGAGCUUCUUGUUGGAGCUUCUCCAGCAGGAAAAAGGUUGCGUUGCGGUCGCCGACAAUGAAGAAAAAGAAAUUGAUGGCGAUGCGACUUCUCAGCGGGUAGCCCUUCGUCAAUUUAUUACCACAGCGAUGGGUGGUGACGAGAAUUUUUUGCGUAGCGUUGACAGGGGAGAAAUCACGUCAAUGUGCAGUGGCGGUGACGGUCUGCUGCUCCCUCGUCUCUGCGACGUCUUCGUUGACGCACCGUCACAACCCGCAAUUCCUGCAUCUGUGGCGGAGUUGUCGGAUUCGCGUGCACUGCUGCGUCGGUGCUUGUGGGUGUUGACAGGUGUCAAUGACACGGCAGUGGCGGGGCGUCGUCAGGUGGCAGCAGUCUUUGUUCGACUUGGUAAGGAGCGGGAGGUGCGUCUUCGUUUUACGGCUAUUGUGCGCGGCUGUGGUGUCGAUGUCCACAAUGCGCGUGAUGGCGGCAUUGAUGCUGGAAGCCAACCUGACGUUGCGGCAAGGUUUCCAGUUUCUCUUGAACUUUCGUUAACUCGCCGGAGUGGUGCUAAGGGUGGGUGGGGUAUAAAGCUCGACAGCGACUCUCUUGCACUGCUGAACCUUUCCGAGUUGUUGCUGGCGCAAGGGCCGUCUGGCCUGAUUGCUUCUGUUGAUCCGCCGUUCCCGCUGGUAGCGGGUGAUGCAAGAUCCCUUGAUGGCAGGUACGUUGUGAGACGUGUUGAUGGACACGUGGUGAAGUGUCAGCACGACGUGGUAGAGUGCCUUCAGGGGCGAGUGGCACCAAUGAAAAAGGGAACGGACGUAUUGUGUCUGCAGCUUGUACUCUCCCAAGGCCAAAACGAGCAACACUGCAGCACAACGACGUUGAAUGAAACCACAAUGCCGGCUGUGAAGUCGUCUCCUACCGCAGAGGCCGAUGUUGAGGGAACAGGCGCCACACGCGACGUGGCAGCUACAGAAAAGACGCCGGUGGAUGCGAGCAGUGCAUUGGAGCUACCGCCUUGCAGUCCGCAGUGCACGCAGCUGACGGCCGCGCAGCAAAAGCGAAGCCUUCUGACCAUCGUUGUAAGCCGUAACGCUGCGGCACCGCCGGGCCGGUGGGGAAUUCGCGUGCGGCGCGGGAGCGUGCGACUGCUGCGCCUCCAGCACAAUCACCUCUACUCAUUUCAGGUAUACGCUGCGAAGCAGCAGCAAGCUGUGCGGGUCGCGGAUACACUGCGGUUCAACAGCGUGCGCCGCCGAGUUCGUGGUGGUAAUGACGACGACGAUAAAAACACGGAACGAGAAGCGGUGACACCCUCUAUCCCAACAGAAGUGGCCUUCUUCUCUCAUUUUGUCUACGUGAUUGUUGGGGUUAACCACCGCCGCAUCGGUGGCUGUGAGGAACUUCGUGUAUCUCUCGCAGACGCCGCGCGCUCAACGGAUGAGGCAGUGGUGCUGCAAGUGCAACAAUAUCGCCUUGCCCAAAUAGCUGUUACCAUCGAACGCCAUGAAGUAGAUGGAGGUGCAGCACUUGAGCCUGUUGGGUUGCGUAUUUCACGUGACAUGGUGAUUGAGUCCAUUGCGGCCGGCGGCCCAAUGGCUCGUGCCAUCUUAGCUGCCACCCACGAUGGCUGUUCGCUGCGCCGUCUCAUCGAAGGCGCACCACCAGUUUCCGAUGCUCUAAGCGAAGAUGUGAAGAAGGGGGUGGCAACAACAACAGUAACGGAGAUGACGAACAGUAGCGCUAACUCCCUUCACCCUCCAAAGUGGCAGUUUGAUCUCGAUGAGGACACACAGAAACAGAUGGCUAAUCCACCUGCGGCAACGGCGGAAGAUUUGACCAAAAAUAACAUGAACAGCAGCAGCAGCAGUAGUAGUAGUAGUACAGGCACUGCAUCGAAUUGUGGGCCGUGCGCCCACUGGAACAUGGUUGACGGCGUCGCUCUUACGGCGGCGCAGGGUGAACUCGAAGAGGCACAAUUUGUAUGGCGUGUGACGUACGCCGUACACGCCGGACCGUUGCGGACCCCACAGGACGCGGUGCGCGCCCUCGGCGGCGAUGUAAGGGAGGAAACGCUUUUCCUGCAGCAGUGUGUAAUGGAUGACUGA